UCACUAAUCUAUGACUAAGGUUUAACGACAUAUUUUGUGAAAUAAUUAUGUAUACGCGAAAUGUGAAACUAUUUUGGUAUUUUGAUAUAAAAAUUUUAAAAAAUGCUGUGUAAAUAAUAUGUAGGUUUGUUUGUUUUCUGUUAAAAAGCGUAAAAUAUGGACAUUAUUAUCGCAAAAAUCGUGUGUCAACUAAUAAUAAUUUGUUAAUCGCUAUUAGGCGGGUAGGCGCGCAAAUUAUUCAACGAUAGUUUACCGCGAGCCGCCACAACGCAAGUUGCGAUUUCAACUGUCCGUAGCAAUAAAACUAGCAAAGUAGCAAUCUUAACCGAUAAAGCAACGCGUUUGCUGUAAAGUAGGUAAAAUCUGGCUGUACUGUCUGUAAAGAUGAUGAAACGAAAAGUGAUAAAACACAAGGAUAGUUUGAUAAUAAAGAUCCAAUGUGAAACGCGGCCUGUGAAACUCCCACAAAGUGAAGAGUAUUGUAUUUUCCGGGCACAGUUGAAAGACAGGAUAGUGCCGCGUUGCUUUAGGGGCAAAUGCAGAAAACAUGUGCAAUACAAAAAGAAGGAGUGCAAUCAAUACAGACAAAGGGAAUUGAAACAGAAAACCUUGAAUUUCAAUAAGAAGCAAAAGACGGAAAGCACGCAAAUAAAAUCUACGCUACACGACGCAGAAUGUGUCGAUUUACAGUAUGAGGAUAUAAGUUCCUGCACAGAUGAUGAAAUUGAAAUAUUAUUGAAGUCCACCAGAAAGAGAAUGAAAGAUUCAGACGAAGAGUGGCAACUGUUACCGAAGAAGAGGAGGUUAAUGAAAGACAAAUUAACCAAUGAACAAAAUAAUAACUUUUUAUCAAGAACAUUAUCUCAGGAUUCCCUCAAAACUUUAAUACUCGAAGAAGAUACUGAAGUUAUCAUGUUUUACACUCCAAUUACAAGUCCUGAACAGUUACUCAAGUUGGAGCCUCUAGAAACUAAGGAUAUUGGAGAAGAAAACGUAUUUACUGACUUGAGACAAAAAUUGAAGCGUAAAAAUGAAUGUCUUCAUUUGUAUGAAGACGAGCAUACUUAUAUAAAAAAGAAGAUAAAAUCGGAACCUCUAGAAACUAACAUGGUUACGUGUGAAAAUGAAUGUCAACAAAAUAUCCUUACUAAUUAUACAUAUCAAUCUGAAUUUGAAUUAAAGGCUCUAAAUCCUAUGAUGACAGAUUUGAAUAUCAAACCAGAGCCUAUGGAAUCUAACAACAAUUUCAUACUAAAUCAUAUGCCAAUAGAGGAUAACAAAAUAAUAUACAAAAUAAAUAGUGAAAUAACAAAAGUAGAGAGAUAUGAUAUGGAUCUUGACAAUUUAAAUCUUACAGAUAUCGAUAUAAAGCAGGAACUUUAUCAUGAUAUUUAGGAAUUUUGUAUAGUUUGUCUACUUUAGACGUAUGUUUGGUUUGUAGUGGUAGGUGUUAACACGGAUCUAAUAAAUACAAUGGAAGUCACUUUUGUCGUUUUUAGUUUUGUAAACUUUGGGGGUGUGUCCUAAACAAACACAUCUUUAGUGUAACAAUAUAACACACUAACAAGUUUUUUCCGUAAUUUGUAAUUAUGAUGCUGAUUGAAAAUAAGAAAUAUGUUAUUCUUCAGGGUUGGAAAUAAGAACUUGAUUUCUUCAAUUUAAAGAUGAGAGUUAUUUAGUCUUUACCACUACUUUUUUUAUGUAUUUCUAUUUUUUAUCGAGUAAAAUUACUUCCAAAAAGUCCCAUUUUAUUUUCGAGAAAAUCUAUUUUAUAGUUAACGAAAAUAGUCUUUAAUAGAGGUCUUUAGUUAGUACUUAUCAAGUAUAGUGAAUAUUUUAGUUUUAAAGUUAACUUAAGUUUAUUCUAUGUAAUUAUUAUUAAAAUCUAUUUUGUUACAAACACAUAAGCGUAGAUACGUCUUUUUAUAGAGGGCUCUGCCCUCUUGCUCUUUCAAUUGCUAAGUUGUUAGGGUUUGAAUUAGCAUUUUCUAUAUUUUGUGUGUACAAACAAGCGUCUGGGAGUAAACAGUUGACAGUGUAAGUGUGCAAAACUGAAGUAACGUUUUUUAACAAAAUGAACCUUUAGUCCAUACAAACACAGUUCAGUUCAGUUUGUACCAACGCGCAAGUACAGCGAAAGAGACUUCUUUGAAUAGAUGGACUAUAUCUGGGAUUGGUUCAUAAUACUAAAAUUAUGUUUGUCAUAUUGAUGCAUGAUAUUAUAAUUUGUAGCUUGAAUCUGUCUUAGUGGUCCAUAAAAUACAUUUUGAAUAUUAUUUUUUUAAAUUCAUUAUAAAUUAUUCAGGACAUUUGCAUAUAACAAAUACUGUAUUAAUGUUAUUUGUAAAGGGGAAAGUUUUUUAUUUGAAAACUGUAAAAUUUUUUGUGUGAACUUUUCUAAAUAUAUUUUUGUUUCUUUUUUUUAAUACAA